GGAAGAGCAGCAGAUGGUCCGCCGCCGCCGGACCGCGCAGCCGCUGGUUGUCAUGGAGGAGCAGACAUGGCGGUCCUGGCCUGCAGCCUGGGCAAACGCGAGAUAAACCAGCACUUCACCGUCAGAAACGCCAAGCUCAUCUCGCUGGCGGUGGUGGCGCUGCUGCUGGUGUUCCACGCGGCUCUGCGGCGCUACGGAGGCGGAGACUCAUGUGACUGGCUGCUGUCCAGAGGACGCUACUUGGGGGAGAAUGUAUGGCAGCCUUAUGGCUGCAUGAUGCACAAAUACAAAAGCACUGAAGCCAAAACAUGCCUUGCAGACAAACGGGUGGCCUUUGUCGGUGACUCAAGAAUAAGGCAGUUAUUUUAUUCCUUUGUCAAAAUUAUUGACCCUGAGCGAAGAGAAGAUGGAAACAAGCACGAGGACAUUUUCUUCAAAGAUGAGAGGUCUUCUGUUAAUGUGGACUUUCUUUGGUAUCCAGAGGCAAAUAAUUCGAUGAAGGAGCGCUUAAUAGCGUGGACAUAUGAAGCUUCAGUCAAGCCAGAUGUCAUCAUCCUCGGAGCUGCCACAUGGUCCAUCAAGUUGCACAGUGGCAGCAGUGACACCCUGCAGCAGUACAAAUCUAACCUGACAGCCAUUGCUGUGCCCCUGGAGAGGCUGGCUGAGCAUGGGGAGGUGUACUGGGUCCUACAAGAUCCAGUCAAUGAGGCCGUCUUGAGUGAGAACAGGAAGAUGAUCACCAACCAACAGCUGGAACUGUACAAUGAAGCGGCAGCAGAUGUGCUCAACAGCAGCAAGUAUAAUGGCAAAUCUCGGGUCAAGCUGCUGGCAGCGUCCCGCCAGGCCGCGAUGGAAACCAUCACCCAGUCAGAUGAUGGUUUGCACUUACCUGAGAGCACCAGGAAUGUGGGGGCCAUGGUCCUCAUGAACUCUCUGUGCAACAAGAUACUCAAGCCCAUUGAUGGUUCAUGUUGCCAGACUCUACCGCCCCCGAACUUCCUGCAGAAACUGUCAGCCUUUUUCUUUCUGGGCUCGGCCAUCGUCUUCGCAGCCCUCCACGUCCUCGGAAACAACCGCCACCGUCGCCCAGUGCCCCCCGACGUGGAGAGCCUAGAGGAGAAGAAGCCAGUAACUGCAGCCAUCCCCCUCGGACCAAAGGCGCCUUUUCAGGCUCUCUGCAGGAUGGGCGUCAUAAUGGGCUAUUUUUACCUUUGUGACAGAGCAGAUGUGUUCAUGAAAGAGCAGAAGUUCUACACACACUCGACGUUCUUCAUCCCUCUCAUCUACAUAUUUGUCCUGGGAGUGUUUUACAGUGAGAACAGCAAAGAGACCAAGUUGCUCAACCGAGAACAGACAGAUGAGUGGAAGGGCUGGAUGCAGCUCGUCAUCCUCAUCUAUCACGUAUCUGGAGCCAGUGCUUUCAUUCCAGUGUACAUGCAUGUGCGGGUGCUGGUGGCAGCGUACCUGUUUCAAACUGGCUACGGACACUUUUCCUUUUUUUGGCUCAAAGGAGAUUUUGGACUUUAUAGAGUGUGCCAGGUGCUGUUCCGACUAAAUUUCCUGGUGUUGGUGCUGUGUGUAGUGAUGGACAGACCUUACCAGUUCUACUACUUUGUCCCCUUGGUUACCUUCUGGUUUGUCAUCAUCUAUGGCACCAUGGCCAUGUGGCCUCAGAUCCUUCAGAAGAAGGCUAAUGGUAGCGGCAUGUGGCACCUUGGGGUUCUGGCAAAGUUAAUGGGUCUUCUGCUCUUUAUCUGCUUUUUUGCCUUCUCACAGAGGUUUUUUGAGAGCAUCUUCUCCGUGUGGCCAAUCUCUCAGCUCUUUGAGCUGAAUGGGAGCAUCCACGAGUGGUGGUUCAGAUGGAAGUUGGACAGAUUUGCUGUGAUUCAUGGCAUGCUGUUCGCCUUCAUCUACCUGGUGCUGCAGAAGUGUCAGGUGCUAUCAGAGGGCAAAGGAGAGACCCUCUUCCCUGUCAAGAUUACCAACCUACUCCUCUUCCUCUCCAUUUUCUCCUUCAUUACUUACUCGAUAUGGGCGAGCAGCUGCAAAACCAAAACGGAGUGCAAUGAGAUGCAUCCUUACAUCUCUGUAGUUCAGAUUUUGGCCUUCAUUCUCAUCAGGAACAUACCUGGUUAUGUUCGCUCCAUCUACAGCUCAUUCUUUGCGUGGUUUGGAAAGAUUUCUCUGGAGCUGUUUAUAUGCCAGUAUCACAUAUGGCUCGCGGCAGACACCAAGGGGAUUUUGGUUCUCAUCCCAGGAAACCCUUCUCUCAACAUCAUGGUCAGCACUUUCAUCUUUGUUUGUGUUGCUCAUGAGGUUUCUCUCAUCACUAAUGACCUGGCCCAGGUGGUCAUCCCCAAAGACACUAUGGCUCUGCUGAGGAGACUGGGCGCCAUGGCGCUCUUCAGUCUGGUUGUAUUGCUGCUAACCAGGGGAAACCAGCUCUCACCCGGGGCCUGAUGGACACGUCACCAAGUGGAGGACAGGGGGCCGGGCUCUAACACCCAGCUGAGACUGAAGUGAGGCACAGAUGCACAUCACAGUCUGGCCUGAUGUUUUGGCUACUGGUGGCCACUUGAGACAAAGUCGGAAGUAACCUGUGGAAGAACAAUGUUUUUCUGGUCAUGUUUAAACAGAGACUGUGCUUUUUGACUGCUGUGAAACAUUAACACUGAAAUUAGGAGGGGGGGGUGGAGUGAGAGACGGAGACAGAGAGAGAGAGAGAGAACGGAAAAGAAGCCCUAAAAUAGGGGAUCGCUCCUCUCAAGGCAAAGUGCAAAUUGCACGAGAGGAAGGAACAAAAGGAAAAAAACAAAACGAACUGUUUACAUAAUCUAAUUCAGGAGGUCUCUAAAAAGAGGUGUUUUGGUGUGUGUUUUUUUUUCUCUCACAUUUCAAGACAAUGUGCUUGUGGUGAAUUUUGCAGCAUUGCCUCCGUUCAGCCACACGUGAUGAUAAGAAUAUUUUUUUACAUGCCGUCUUUCCUGUCGUCGCUCCACCAUGGCAGGGAUCUCUCCGUCCACAGGGAGGUAGCAGCUGAAGGCCAUAACCAACAUAUUCAGAUAUCUACUCUUUUAUGGCAAACAUGUUAACUUGUGGUGUGUUUUAUCAUCAUCAUUGUACAGUAUUUCUGGUGUUGGAUAUCUAAAUAUGCAAAAUAUGGACCAAUGACUGACUGGGGUGUUGGAGAAAACUAAAAAGACUUAAGUACAUUUUGGAGUGCAAUGGUUGAAAUGUUGGAAUAUUGUUCUUGACAUAUUUUGCUAAUGUGCUUUUUGUGAGUAAUUUUAGAGAUAUAAGCCUUGCAAAAAAGGCUCUGUGGUCACCUGCUGUAGCUCUGAAAUAUGUGACAUGUACAGUAUUUAAUGAUUUAAAUUAAGCUUAUAUUUUAUACAGUUUUGUUGCCUUUUGUUUUGUACUGCGCCCUCGACUGCUGUUGUGAAGGAAGUAUUGCAUUGGUAAUUUUGUACCCGUCCCAGAAUCUCACUGACGAGGAUGAACGUUUCUGGCCGACUGUCUUAUUAGCGGCUCACUUCUUUGUACGUAUGUAUAUUUGUAUGAUAGACUGAGAUUUAUUUUGAACACCAAUGCCUCAGUGACGAGUUUUAGUUGUUUAUCCUUACAAUUUUCAGUUCAAACAUGCCUCACUACUGGAGAAGCAUACACCACGUUGCAUGUACUGUUCUACGAUGUAAAAUAACUAAAUGUACAUCCUCUCUCUGCAGCCGGUGAAGCGAGUGAGUGAGGUGAUUUGGCAGACGAAUGCCUUUGUACAUCAACUUUUUUUCUUUUCUUAAUGCAGUGGCUUAUAUGUACGGUACAUCUUCAGGUGCACAGAGUCACAUCUGUGACGUAGCUGAGAUCACACUCCUGUGAUUAGGCGCUUUGCAUCAGGGCCACAUCAGCGUUUGAAGGAAAAAAAAAAAAAAACUUGGUAAAGCACUAACUAAGCGGAGUACACACAUUACUGUUGCAUAAAUGGAAAUAUUGUUUAUUUUGUCUGUUGCCAAAUGGCCAACGUCUCUGCCUGUUAAUACUCAGACAUUUAAGAGAGAGAGCACUUUUGUUUUUUCAUCUUUAAGAUUAUUUACAGUGUUCAUUUUAAGGUUAAAACAGUACAAGUGCAAAUAUAUUUCAAGCACUUUGGGAUAUUUUUAUUGCUAAAUCAAAUAUUUUGUCAAGGUACUUUUUGCAGAUUAAAAAUAGCAUAAAAUGAAAGCUGUGUUGCAUAUGAAUUUUGAGUUGCAUUUUGUGUCUACCCUUGGGUAGUAAAACAUUGCUGUGUCUAAUGUUUUAUAUUUAUUUUACUUCUCUUUUCAAAAGAAGAAAGUGGGUCCACUUCUGUUUUUUUGUUCUCUGUGUAUGUGUUUGUCAGAAUGGUUAAAUCUGUCUUAAGCUUUUGAGUCUUCUUGUGAUGCCGUGGUUUGAGUUGUGCUCUAAAACUGACAGAACCAAGUCGAGUUUUAUUUUCUGAUUCCAGUCGCCACCUCAGUGUAUAAAGAUAAAUUGCAUUUCCAUGUUAGCUUUUGAUAUGACUAUUCAACAACAAAAUGAUAACAUUUGACAGCCUUUUCAGGCCUUAAGUGAUCUCUUUGAUCGUCUAAAAGCAACAAGUAUUUAUACCCCUGAGCAGGGUCCCUUUGAAAAUUGUUUUUGUCUUUUACAUUUGUCUUAAGGUGUUAAAUGUAUCCAUAUUAUUUAUAAAUGCCUUUUUUCUGUUGUUGCUACAAAAUUAAAAAAAAUUAAAAAAAGAUCUUC